CGAGUGUCGUUGUCAACGCAGUUGGUUCGUUCAGCUGUUUCAGUUGCAUUUCUCCCAGUCUUGCUAUCAAAGAGCGCAGCAGAAUGGACCAGGUGGCAAAGGCGGAUAUCAUUGAAGUUUUCAAAAAGCUAAAGUCGAAGCGAGAAAACAAGGUGUGCUUUGACUGCAAUGCCAAAAACCCGACGUGGUCAACUGUCACGUUCGGCGUGUACCUUUGUCUGGACUGCUCAGCUGUCCACCGCAACAUGGGCGUGCACGUUACCUUUGUCCGCUCCACGCUUCUCGACUCUUGGACGUUGGACCAACUGCGGACCAUGAAAGUAGGCGGAAACGCUAAUGCCACAGAGUUUUUCAGGCAACACGGUGGUCUCAACUUUUCAGAUGUGAAAGCCAAGUACACAUCCAAAGCAGCAUCCGUGUACAAAGACAGGUUGAAGAAGUUAAUUGAAGAAGACGCAAGAAAGUACCCAAAUCGUAUUGUAGUGGAUGGUGCUGUUGAGGGAGAAGUGGAUACUGGGUCGCGGAGGGCAAGCGAUGAUUUUUUCUCGGGGUGGGACGUUUCUGCUCAACAGCGGCCACCACAGCCAGUCGCAGCUGCACCGCAAACGGUUGCAGCUCCAACGCCACAGCCGGCGCCUACACCCGCAUCGAUUACGACAACCGCAGCUCCGCGGCCCGCUCCUGCUACAAUAAGCGUCGAAACAGCAGCACUUGCCUCGCUCUCGAAACCGGAUGAUAUCAAGUCACCCACCGCCACAACCCUUCCGGGGCGUGCAACCUCUGGUGCAAACAUCCUGAAGCCCACCAAGAAGGGUCUCGGUGCCAAAAAGGCUACGAAGAUCAUUAAUUUUGAGGAAGCCGAGCGCCAAGCGAGGGAGGAAGAAGAAAGACGAAAGACCGAACAGGAAGCGGAGCGCAAACGCCUGGCGGAAGAGGAACGACAGCGGUUAUCUCAACCCAUUGUUCCAGUUGCCACCAGUUCAUAUCAAAGCGCAGCAAAGCCCAAGAUAUCAGCGGAAGAUGCUGCCAUGAUGGAACGACUGGGAAUGGGAAUGGGCAAACUCGGGUUUGGAGCUACUGGCGGGUUUGGUUCUACCGGUGGCAAUGCUAGUGGUUCCACAGGGGGUAUGAAAAUGGGAAGUUCGACGUCGUCCGCUUCAUCUUCAUCCUACGGUGGUGAUGAUGGAGAUGCACAGAAGCGCUUUGCAAACGCGAAGGCCAUUUCUAGUGACCAAUACUUCGGACGUGGGAACUUUGAUGAAGCCGCAAGUAAAGAAGCCCGCGCACGACUUCAACAAUUCCAAGGGCGGAGCGGGUUUGGCUCUGCGGAGUACUAUGGUCGAGACGAAUCCGGGCCCUCGUCAGUCCGUGAUGCCAACGAUCCAAUGGCGAUGUUGGGUGAUUCAGCUAGAGAUUUCGCUCAAAAAUUUGUCGGACAGGCGGCAGACGAUAUCACGGCAUUGAAAAGGAUGGUGGCGAUGGGUGGCAGCAAACUUGGAGAUAUGUUGCAGGAUAUGUCGUCGCGGUACUGAUUUCCAAUGUUUGUCUCUGUGGUGCGUAUCAGUCGCGCUACAAUUAUUAGGUACCGCGUUUAGAGGUGUCAGACAGCUUGAAGCGAAGCUGGACCGUGAUGAGCAAGGUCUUUCAUCUCUUUCAUAUUUACAACAAAAAUAUACAAUAUCCUGUACAACGGGUGGCAGGUGGAUCACAGGACACUGUCGCUUUCCAAUCUAAUCCUUGCCUUAUUCAAUUCCCACCUAAAGCUUUUUACAUCCGCCGCCACCUUAUUCAAUUCGUCCGCAUCCCAGAACCUCCUGUGUUGACGUAUUCUCUCCACCAUAGCCUGUUUCGUUGCUGCCCCACCAUGCGUCGAUUCAAGUUUGUCGUGCUUCUUAAGAAUUUUGGCUAUUGCAAGGCGAUUGAGGGGUAGGAAGUUUGCUUGCAUUCUCGUGAUCGUGGUCAGAAGGUUGUGAAGGUGGUGAGAGAUUAGGGACGGUGGUGGGGAAGGAGCCG